AUGCCAGGCGCUGUCCGGAGGCGUCCCACAGUUGUUGUGGGGACGCUGGUGCUCGUCAUGCUUGCCGGUGUCUCCAUGGUUUAUCUUCGGCUGUGGAUCAUAGACUACGGCUUUUCCUCCCAGGACCGCGAGUUGCUCCGGUCUGGUCCCACGCUCCCCUUCCGUCAUUAUCGUCGUUCUCCUUCUCUUUUUUCUUUAAUGCAUUCUCUUUUUAUAAAUAGAGUAAAACCACGGGGAUUACUGCGUUCGUUUUAUUUCUCCGGCAUGCAUUUUUAGGAAGGUUUCGAAUUCAUGGGCUGAGAUUAUUUGAAAGGCUAUGAAUAUUGGUUUUCAAGCCUCUACGGGAUUGGGUGUUGUAAACCAUGCCUUUGGAUUUUGUACACUCUGCUUUUGUUUCCAGCACCAGUGUUCCAAUCCGGGUCAUGCUCGUACACUGGUUUGCGAGUUUUGGGUUACCAUACCUUGUGUAACAGUUGAGCAUUUCAUGGGAAUGCCUUUACGAAUUCCCACGUUUAGUAGACUCAAAAGCAGAAUUUGAUUUUUUUCCGAAUUAUGUCUUCUUACGGUUAAACGCUGUGUCACUGCGCCCACGGCCAAUCCACCCUUUACGCUUUUCUUGCCUUGCAGAAAGCAGUUUGACCAGGCUAACAUGGAGGCAAUGGACGAAUCUGCUCACUGGAGGAUGAAAUACGAUACGGAGGUGGAGAGGUCGAGGCAGUCUACGGCAGAACUGCUCCAGGUAAGCUAGUUGCAGAGUCAGUGUCGGGAAGGGUCUCAUGGUUGUUUUCUUCGAGCAUUUUUCAAUUUUUUAAGGAUCUCUGGUUUGCGUGUAAUUUGGUUCUAACUGUUUUUCCCGAAUCGGUGGAUAUACAGAGUUAUAUUUGAAUUUCAACAGAGCAUGAUCGAAUCGGUAAACUGUGUGUCAAGGAUCUAAUGCUCCUGGGAUCCCAUUAUUUUAUGUUUGGUGGGUUUUUGCUGAGACUUUGCUGCUGUGUUUGACUGCUAUAACGUGCCUGAUGAAACUGCGAGGCAUCUAGAAUCUUUCAUUUUUUAUCAGUUCCUUUUUGUAAUGAUGACUUUGACAAGCGAUCUCCUUGAGUUUAUAUUCUACUUUCUGACGCAGAGGUGAUGACUGUAUAAUUUGAAAAAUUUCUCCGCAUGCAUUUUCACCUGUGAUUCCUAAUUAUCACGCAGAAAAUAAGACUGUACAAUACAAAUAACCCAGGGAUAUCCAGUAUGCGUAGUCCCGCACUUCAAUAUCACAUGGAUACAUCCAAGUGACCUUAUCCGCCAAAGGACAAGAGUUUUUUCUGAUAUGUGCCGAUUAUUUUUAUCAUUAGGGUUAGGUGAAUCAAUAUCUUUCAGAUGUGGCCGUGAGAUUAGGAAUAUUAGGUAUCUUACAGAGUAGACUCUUAUGUAGCCAUUAUCUGUUAAAUGCCCCAUGCCAUAUUAAAAGAGAGAAGGCAUUAUAUAUCGUAUGCCUGCACUUAGGACCUACUCUUCAUCGGGAGACAUCCACUCCUCAUUGAGAAAACGUAAAACUGCCAGAUGAGUAGAGAAUAUAGAAGAAUGCUACCUCACACUUGUCAUCUGAGGAUGGAGGAAAACGAAGAGAUAAUGAAGGGGAUGGAAACCCUCUUAGCAAGUCAUACGCUCCAUCUGUAAACUUUCAAUCGUCAAAGGCUGUCCAGGAUAGGUGUACCUCAAAUGCUCUUUCAGGUCAGAACAUUGGCUCUGUGGCCAGCUCCACCUUCUAUUUGACAAAUGCUGCUUGGCCGUCCUUUGAUUAA